UCUCCCCUUUCUCUCUCUCAGGUCACCAAGGUUCUGGGCCGAACUGGAUCGCGUGGAGGAGUCAUCCAGGUCCGAGUUGAGAUGAUGGGACAGGAAGAUGGAAACCGAUCGAUCAUCCGAAACGUAAAGGGACCCGUGAAGGAGGGUGACAUCCUCGCCCUGCUCGAGUCGGAGCGUGAGGCUCGGUGA